AUAAAAGCUUAUUUAUUUCCUCAAACAAAAAAAAAAAAUCCCAAAUAAUUGAAAAAAUAAAUUAAAUAAAAUCAGUUACAGAGGAGCACAUCAUCGUGUUCUUCUUCGACUCGGCGAAUCCAAAAAAAGACGCUUGCUUCAUCGCCGGCGUCUCUGUAUCACACUCCGGCGAGUCUUUCACGUUUCUUUUCGAAGGAAUGCAAAACUAUGGUGAUUGAUUAAAUCGUGUGACAAUCGAAAAGUUGAGGACUUGCAAGGAUUCGAGAGAGAGUCUAAAAUGGAGCACCAAGAAGUUGCUGAUUCGAAAACGGAUCCUCUUUGCAUUUCUCAAUUGAAAAUAUCUUCUUCUCUCGACCCAUUGCCACAGGCGAACAUGACAGCGGAUUUAUUGAAGAGUCAUAGACAUUCACCUAUAAAAGUGCAAGGGAGUGAAGAAACUUGGGGAGUAGAAGAUGAUGAUGACCUCACUGACCCUAAUUUUGAUACCGUUGAGGGCAAUGGACAUUCAGAUCCAACUAGCUGCUUCGAUGCUGAUUUAAGUGAGUACAAAAAGAAGGCCACGGUAAUUGUGGAGGAAUACUUUGGCACCAAUGAUGUUGUCUCAGUUGCUAAUGAACUAAAGGAGCUUGGAAUGCCUGAGUACCGUUAUUAUUUUGUCAAGAAAUUAGUCUCCAUGGCUAUGGAUAGACAUGACAAAGAGAAAGAAAUGGCUGCUUUUCUGCUGUCUACGCUUUAUGCCGACGUCAUUGAUCCCCCGGAAGUUUACAGAGGUUUUAACAAACUGGUGGCUUCUGCUGAUGAUUUAUCUGUAGAUAUUCCCGAUGCAGUUGAUGUUCUUGCUGUCUUUGUGGCUCGGGCAAUUGUUGACGACAUUCUUCCACCUGCGUUUCUGAAGAAACAAAUGAAAUUGCUACCAGAUAACUCCAAAGGUGUUGAGGUUUUGAGAAAGGCCGAGAAGAGCUAUCUAGCCACUCCGCUUCAUGCUGAAGUUGUUGAGAAGAGAUGGGGAGGGACUGAUAAUUGGACUGCUGAGGAUGUGAAAGCAAGAAUAAACGACUUGUUGAAAGAGUAUGUCAUGAGUGGAGACAAAGAAGAAGCUUUUAGAUGCAUCAAAGGAUUGAAAGUUCCUUUCUUUCACCAUGAGAUUGUCAAACGAGCACUGAUUAUGGCAAUGGAAAGGCGAAAAGCUGAAGUCAGGCUGCUAGAUCUGUUAAAAGAAACGAUUGAGGUUGGUCUCAUAAACUCCACUCAAGUAACAAAAGGGUUUAGCAGAAUCAUUGAUUCAAUUGAAGAUUUGUCUCUUGACAUACCAGAUGCACGCCGUAUAUUACAGUCUUUCAUCUCUAAAGCGGCUUCUGAAGGAUGGUUAUGUGCUUCUUCUCUGAAAUCACUCUCCGCUGAUGCAGGAGAAAAGUUACUUGAAAACUCCAGCGCCAAUGUUUUUAAAGACAAGGCGAAGUCGAUCAUCCGAGAGUAUUUCCUUUCAGGUGACACUUCAGAGGUCGUACAUUGUCUAGACACCGAAUUGAAUGCAUCUUCGAGUCAGCUACGCGCAAUCUUUGUCAAAUAUCUGAUAACUCUAGCAAUGGACAGGAAGAAAAGAGAGAAGGAGAUGGCUUGUGUGCUCGUCUCUACUCUUGGUUUCCCUCCAAAAGAUGUCAGAAACGCAUUCUUGAUGCUCAUAGAAUCUGCAGACGACACGGCUUUGGACAACCCAGUGGUUGUUGAAGACCUUGCCAUGUUCUUAGCCAGAGCUGUGGUUGACGAGGUGUUAGCUCCACGGGAUUUGGAAGAAGUGUUAAACCAGACUCCCGAGGCAGGCUCAAGUGUGGGAGAGAAAGUGAUUCAAAUGGCGAAAACAUUGCUGAAAGCACGUCUUUCUGGUGAAAGGAUCUUACGUUGCUGGGGAGGAGGAGGAAUUGAGACAAACUCGCCAGGAUCCACAGUGAAGGAAGUGAAAGAGAAGAUCCAGAUUCUUCUAGAAGAGUAUGUCUCUGGUGGAGACCUCAGAGAAGCUAGUAGGUGCGUGAAGGAACUGGGAAUGCCGUUUUUUCACCACGAAGUAGUGAAGAAGUCAGUAGUGAGGAUCAUAGAGGAGAAGGAGAACGAGGAACGGUUAUGGAAGCUACUAAAAGUGUGUUUUGAUUCAGGACUAGUGACGAUAUAUCAGAUGACUAAAGGGUUUAAAAGAGUUGAUGAAUCGCUUGAAGAUCUGUCUUUGGAUGUCCCUGAUGCUGCGAAAAAGUUUUCAAGUUGCGUGGAAAGAGGCAAGCUUGAAGGGUUCUUAGACGAAUCAUUCGCUUCUGAGGAAUCACAAAGUAAGAAACAGAACGGCUCGUCUUCUUCGUCUGGAUGAUAACAUUUGAGCACCAAACCUCAAACCUCGAGACGUUGGUUUCACGCAAAAUCACCUUUUGAAAUUCUUUUUUUUUUUUAUAAACAAACUAAAAAAGUUUUGGUGACGUUUCUUACAGAACAAACUAUCUUAUCUUAGUGACGUUUUGUUAUAGCACAUUACUUUAUGACUUGUUUCUUUUUUUGUUCCUUUGUCAAUGAUCACAUUUGUUUUGCUAA